AUGGAUGGUGUGCUCCAGGCUCUGGGCUUUGAGAACUAUAAGAAGAGGGAGGUCCUAGUCCAGAGCUUCCUUGAGGAACUGGGUUUGUUCCGGGAGCAGCUGGACGUUCAGGGGGUUCCUGUGGGAUGUGCCUUGGUGGUCUUAAUGGCCCCCAGUGGGCAGCUAAGGCAGCCACAGCUGCUGGUCAAGGAGCUGAGUCACUGUGUGUCCCUGCAGGGUUGCCCCAAAAUCUUCCUGUUACUCUCUAGUGGCCUCAAGGGUGAGUGGAUGGACAGUGAUCCCAGUUUUGGGGAGAUGAACAGGAAAGCUGGGAGCUGCUGUCCUACCUACACAGCUAUGGGGUGGGGUGCUUCUCCUCCAGCUGCCUGGGAGCCCGAAGCUUUCCUUCUGCAUCUGGGGAAAAUCUGCAGUCAACAUCCUCACUGGUCACUGCUGCAGCUCCUGACAGAGCUCUUUUGCAGAGUGGCUGAAGAGUCUGCUGAGAACACCUACUGCCCCAUCUUUAGGACCUCCUUUCGGGGGACUCUGUGUUUGGGAGAUGGGCCCUGGAGGCCAGAGUCAGACCCUGGACCCAGCACACAAUAUGACCUGUCUGGGACCAGGGCUGCCCUCCUACUGGCUGUGAUUCAAGAUCGGCUAGGAGCUCGGCACGAUGUGGCAGCAUUGAGGGAUCUUUGCCAGGCUUUGGGCUUCAAGGUCUCCCUGAGGACAAACCCUUCAGCUCAGGCCUUCAGGGAGGAACUGGCACAGUUUCGGAAAAAGCUGGAUACCCACAAGGGCCCUGUGAGCUGUGCCCUGGUGGCCCUGAUGGCCCAUGGGGGGCCACAGGGGCAGCUGCUGGGGGCCGAUGGUGAAGAAGUACAGCCAGAAGUGCUGGUGCAGGAAUUGAGCUGCUGCCAGGCACUGCAUGGCCACCCCAAGAUCUUCCUGUUCCAGGCCUGCCGUGGUGGGUACAGGGACCCUGGUGUGGGGCCAAGAGCUCUGCCAUGGUUGAGAGCACCCCCAGCCAUCCCCACCCAGGCAGACAUUCUUCAGAUCCAUGCUGAUGCCCCAGGCAGCCUUCUCUCCACUCCAGGGGGCUCAGGCCAAGCAGACAUCCUUACCGUCUAUGCCGCUGCUGAGGGCUGUGUGGCCUAUCGGGACGAAAAGGGCUCGGACUUUGUCCAGACACUGGUGGAGGUCAUCAGAGCCAACCCUGGAAGAGAUCUCCUUGAGCUGAUGACUGAGGUUAACAGACGGGUGUGUGAGCUGGACGUCCUAGGGCCAGACAGUGAUGAACUGCGCAAAGCCUGCCUGGAGAUCCGCAGCUCGCUCAGGCGCCGGCUCUGUUUAUAG